GAAAAGGAAAAAUCAAAGCAAAAUGUCGAUGGAUUCUGCUGUUUCUAUUGGGUGGGAUGUCUUGAAGUGGGUAGUUGUUCCCGUCAAGCGCCAAUUCGGAUACGUGAUCUCCUCCAAGAGCUACGCCCAGGAUCUUCAGAAGGAGGUCGGGAAGCUGGCGUACGAGGCUGAUAUGGUCCACAAUGACGUGGAAGUGGCCAGAAACAAUAGCCGGGAGGUCUACAGUCAUGUCGCGGAGUGGCAGGCAAAGGCUGAGAAGGCCUUGAAGGAGGCGCGAGACCUGUUGGGCGACUUCGAAAAGGCGAGCAAGACUUGUUGCUAUGGGAGUCUUCCCGAACCCUGUUGUCGCUAUCAGUUCAGCAGGAAGGCCAAGCACAUGAUCGAGGGCAUUCAGCGACUUGCUCAAGAAUUUAGUGAAUUCAAGUAUAUUUCCUUCAGUGGUACUGCUCCAGGGAACGCGGCUGCUUCGACUCCGGCCAAGAGAGAAGGCAAAGAUGUCGUCCAGUCGACCAUCUCGAUGGCCUCAGCUUCUUUUGCCUCGAUGUCAAUUAAGCUUAAGGACGACGGCAUGGUCCAAUCCAGAGAAUUGAUCAUGCAGGAGAUCAUGGCUGCUCUUGCUGAUAACAACAAUAGCGUGGUCGGGAUUUACGGAAUGGGCGGGGUCGGCAAGUCCACCCUAUUGGACGAAGCCGAAAGGAGGAUAAAGAAAGCGAAGUCGUUUGAUUGGGUCGCUAAGGCCGACGUGUCGGAAAAUCAAGACGUCAAGAGGAUUCAAGGAGAGAUUGCGCACGCGUUGGACCUGGACAUAAAGGAUGUGGAGUACGUCAAUUCGCGAGCGGAACGACUGCGCACGAGGUUGGAAAAGGAGGUGAGGGAGAAGAAGAAGGUGCUCAUAAUACUGGACAACCUGUGGAAAGGGCUUGACUUGAAGUCAGUAGGCAUUCCUUGCGGACACAGCAACAAAGUCAUAGGAUGCAAGUUGCUGUUGACGUCAAGAUUUCAAGAUGUUUUGCGAAGGGAAAUGGGCUGCGACAGGGACUUCCUCCUCGAUGCGCUGAAGGAGGAAGAGGCAAAAAGAUUGUUUGAGAGGACGGUGGGCGACAAAGUUCAUCACGAUCCGUUCAAAUCCCUGGUGGAUGAAGCACUCAACAAAUGUGCAGGUUUGCCUUUCCUAAUUAUUGCAAUGGCGAAUGUUUUUAGAGAUGCCGAUUUUCGCGAAUGGAAGGAUGUUUUGAGACAAAUUGAGAUGUCUACCAACAAAGGAAUCAGUGAAAGAAUAAACGAGAUGCUGCAGUUGAGCUAUAAUCGUUUCAAAGGGGAAGAUGGCAAGGAGGUGAAGUCAUUGUUACGGCUAUGUGUCGUUUAUGGUGUCUCUAAGCCCUCUCUUGAAAACUUGCUGAGGUAUGGCGUGGGUUCGAGGUUAUUUCGAGAAGAUAGCAGCAUGGAAGAAGUGAGAGACAGGUUGAGCUCACUGAUCCGAACCCUGAAAGCCUCAUCCUUUUUGUUAGAAGACAAUGAAGAUGUUGAUGGUUUCAAGAUACACGACUUGGUUCGUGGAUUCGUUGCCUCGGUGGCUUCAAGAGAUGACCCUCUUCUGGUGUUGAAAAAUCAUGAUAAGUCGGUGAUAGAGUUGCCAAAGGACAAGCUGAAAAGUUGCACAUCGGUAUGCUUUCCCUACGUCGACAUGGAGGAGCUUCCUGAAGAGUUAGAUUGCCUUGAAAUGCGGGUCUUUUUGUUGUUCAUAAACAAUGAAUCUCUUAAGGUCCCAGGCUCAUGUUUCAACUCUAUGAGAAAACUCAUGGUCUUACAUCUUUCUCGGGUGCGGCUCACUCGUUCACCUUCGCCAUUCCAAUUCUUGGAGAACUUACACACUCUGUGCCUAAAUGAUUGUUCAUUAGAGGAUGUAGCCAUGAUCAGCGAGCUAAAACGGCUAUGUGUUCUCAGCUUUGCAAACUCCAAAAUUCAACGAUUGCCAAAAGAAAUUGGACAAUUGGUGGAGCUGCGGUUGUUAGACUUAAACCAUUGCUCAAAACUUGAGAUAAUUGAACCGGGUGUGCUUGGGAGCUUGAUGAAAUUGGAGGAGUUGUAUAUGGAGAAUAGUUUUGAUCGUUGGAAUCCCGUGGAGCAAACUCUACCCACUAAUGCCGGUCUUAUUGAGUUGAAUAACUUGAAGAAUCUCCGCACUUUGCAUGUGUCCAUUCUCGAUCCGAGUGUGGUCCCGGAGGAUCUAAACGUCGAGAACCUAACCAAGUACCAAAUCUGGAUAGGUGAUGUGCCACGCUGGCGAAGUCGCAAUGUGUCGAGCACAUUGGAGCUAUCGAGCAUAUUGGAGCUUCAGUUGGAUCCAAUGAGUGAUAUUCUUCGGAAAGGAUGCAUACAGACUUUAUUAGGCAAAACCGACGGUCUCUUUUUAAACGGAUUAAAUGGAAUUAAGCAAAGUAUUUGCGCAUUAUCGCAAAAAGGCUUUCCGAAAUUAAAGCACCUACAGGUCAAGAAUAGUCCCUCCGUCCAUUACGUCCUCGAAUCUCCAUCACUUACAGAGUUUAAGAUGUUGGAGUCAUUACUUUUUUAUAACCUCAUCAACUUGGAAAAGAUAUGCAGCAACCACAUCUCCUCCAAUUCCUUCAGUGCAUUAAAGGUAGUACGAGUUGAAAACUGUGACAAGAUGGAAGUUUUGUUUCCUCUUUCAUUAUUGAGAGAACUUCCACACCUUGAAGAGAUCCAAGUUGUCACCUGUCACUUAAUCCGGGAGAUUGUAGAAGUGGAUGAUUGUGGCAAACUUGAGUUGCGGAAUUUGCGUGUCUUGGAAUUGCGUGAUCCGCCAAAUAUGAAGAACUUUUGCACCACCGGGAUGGCUCCUUCAAGUUGUACAUCAAACGACCAUGUUGGCACUCAAGUUGCAUUCUUCAACGGGCAACAGGUUGCGUUUCCUAGCUUGGAGACAUUAUGCAUCUGGUUUAUGGAUAGUAUUGAUAUAAUAUGGGACAAUCAAGUUGCUGCGGAGUCUUUCCGCAAACUAAAGUCACUCAGUGUUUAUGGAUGCAACAAGCUAGCGAACAUUGUUCCUUCUUACAUUCUUGGACGGCUCAAGAGCUUGGAAAGUUUGGAGGUAGAAUCAUGUGAUUCGCUUGAAGUUGUUUUCAAACUGCAGCCGUUGAGUCCUCUAGAUGGAUAUCCCAUUGCUCGUUUCCCAUUAAAAACAUUGAAGUUAGAGAGAUUAUCAAAGCUAAAGCUUGUAUGGGAUAAGGAACUUCACAGUCAAGUCAAAUUUCAGUGUCUUCAUUCCGUUACCGUUUCCAGAUGCAAGAGCCUCAACUCUCUGUUUCCAGACUCAAUAGCUAGGGAUCUAAUGCAACUUGAGGAGUUGAAGAUCGAUGAAUGUGGUGGCAUUGUGGAACUCAUCGAGAAGGACGGACUAGAUCCCAGGGAUGCGUUCCCUAAGUUAGCCUCUCUCAAGCUUAAGCGUCUACCAGAGUUGAAGUGCAUCUACACAGGAACACAUGCUUUACGUUGGCCGGCAUUGAAGGUCUUGAAGGUGGAUGGCUGUAGCAAAGUGGAGAUACUUGCUUCGCAACUUGAGAAUGAGAUGCCACCUCAUAAACAACCUCUCUUCUUGAUAGAAAAGGGCGCAUUCUCAAAUCUGCAAGAGUUAAAAUUGGAUUUAUAUGGACCGAUGGAGUUAUGGCAUGGGCAUUCUCAUGACAGAGAAUUCUUCGGCAAGGUUAGAGUUCUCAAGCUUCAUCAUUUAUCGAAGGAAUCUGCAAUGUCCACAUGUCGUCUUGUUCGGAGUUUAACCAACUUGCAAGAGCUGGUUGUACGCAACUCUGAUAUAGAAGAGGUGAGCGACAUUGUGGAAGCCAAAGAAGGCCCAAGGCACGAGCUAAAAGUAAUACCACCAUUUUCCAGAUUUUUUCAACAUAUCAAGACUCUAGACGUGUCAUUUUGUGAUGGGUUAUCAAAGAUGUUCACACCGACAAUAGCUGGAAAUUUGGCGGAACUCACGAAAUUGAGGAUAAGUAAAUGCAAAAUGUUGACAGAAGUCAUUUGUGACGAUGGAGGUGAGGAGGGGCUUGUGGUCAUUUUCAAUCAAUUGAAGUAUAUGGAGCUUGAUGGGUUGACGGGGUUGAGAUGUUUCAGCUCAAGUAAAUACGCUUUAAUGUUCCCACUCUUGGAAGAUGUCAUUGUGAGUGGAUGUCCCAGCAUGAAGUUCUUCUCUGAGGGACCAAUAAAUACGCCAAAGUUGGAGAGAGUACAAGCAUCAACAGAAGUGUGGUUUUGGGAGGAAAACCUCAACAUCACCAUCCAAAAUAUGUUUAAAGAGAUGGCUACGGUUGCCGGAGUAAAGUCAAUGCGGCUGUCUGAGUUCCCCGAGCUAAUUGAAAAAUGGCACGUCGAACUUAUUCCCAUCAAGCCCUCUUGGCAAUUAGAAUCACUGGUGGUGGAUAAAUGUCCAUCAUUUACUAACGCUAUUCCAUCCGGAUUGAUACCUGUUUUACACGAAGUGCAAAGAUUGCAAGUGCGCGAUUGCGAGUUGCUAGAAGAAGUAUUCAAUCUUGAAGGGAUGGAGGCAUCUACAGAUUUCGAAUUGGUGCUGAUCAGGAAAGGAAAGGCUUCAUGGAGAAGGAUUGCUGAAGUCAGUCGUUUGCAUAUUGGAUUGAAUUGUGUAAGGACUCUUCAAGUUGAUCCUCUGGCAGAUUCUGUAAAAGCUCUCUCAUCUGAAUGUCACUUUGACAUACUGCCUCUGAAGCAACUUCCUCCAGCAUUGCUCAGGCCUGCAAAUGAAAGUUCAGGCCAACAAUUGUUUGGAAGUUCUCUGAGGGACAUGAGCAAAGACCUUCCGAUGUUUCUUCCCACAACUGCUUCCUUUCUGGAUCACAAGAGAAUGAAAGAUGCUGCCGAUGCUGCAGGAGUGAACAUCUUAUGCUUGCAUGAAGCGUGGAUGAUGCCAUUUGCCUUUUGCACAGGAGAGAAGAGGCGGCGUGAGAACAUGUUCAUUGUCAAUCCUAUCCUUGAGAGGGAUCGCUACCGUUGCCAACAGUUGAUUGAUCGGGUAGGAACAGAAUCAUUUUCCAAUCUGUUCACAUCAGGCGACGGGAAGCCACGGCAAGCUGAUUUCGGGCACUUUUAUGGAUCCAGUCACUUUUCAGCUCUAGAUCCUCUGUGCACACGCCCCUGCAGAGAUGGAUCGGUGGUCUAA